AUGAAGAAAAAAAAUGAAAGGAAGACCAAUGUAGAGCAAGUCAUGAGUGAUUAUUUGUUGAACCUUAGUCAAAUUUAUAACCAGUCCAAUUCAUUUAGUGAUAACGAUAAUAAUAAUAAUAAUAAUGAUAACAACAACAAUAAUAACAACAAUAAUAAUAACAACAAUAAUAAUAAUAAGAGAUAUUUAAAAUUGAAUAACUUUCGGAUUGACAAUAUGAUGAGAAAAAAAAAAGGUUGUGAAUUAUUUUUAAAAGAUAAUAUAAAUUAUAUUGAUAAUAAAAAAAUUGAAUUGUCAUAUUAUGAUAAAGUUAUGAAUAAUAUUUUUUCAAAAAAAGAAAGAGAAAUUUAUAGAAAUAUACAAAAUAUUAUUAAAACACAAGAACGAAAUGAUAUAGAUUUAGAAGUAAAUGAAUAUUUAUAUUCUUAUUUAUUUAUUCUGGCUAUUAAAAAAAUGUUCUAUGAUAUUAUAGCACAGAAAAAAAUGGAAUGUCACAUAAAUAUAAUGCGUAAUCAGAAUAUUAAUAAAACCAACUUUCAAAAAAAAGAUAUAUAUGAAACUACAAAUAAUAAUUUAUAUAAACUAAAAUAUAGUUCCAAUGAAAAAAAUGUGCAGCAAAGUGAACAUGCGUAUUACUCAAAAAAUAUUAAAAUAGAAACACAUGAACUAACUCAUAAUAUGGAUAAUAUCAAAAAAAAUAUGCAUCAUGAAGAAUGUGUAAAUAAUGUUCAUAAUGAUGAUAAUGUUGAGGGUACAAACUUGGAUGAUGAAAAUAAUUUUAAAGAAAAUUUUAAAAAUAAAAUUUAUCAUAAUAAAUUGAAAAACUUAGAUAGUCGCACCACGGGCAGUUUUAAUUCUAUAGACUCAAAAAAUGAAGGCAGCAAGGGUGAUAAUAAUAAAUGUGACGAUAAUAGGUGUGAUGAUAAUAAAUGUGACGAUAAUAGGUGCGAUGAUAAUAAGUGUGACGAUAAUAGGUGUGAUGAUAAUAAAUGUGAUGAUAAUAAAUGUGACGAUAAUAGGUGUGAUGAUAAUAAAUGUGACGAUAAUAAGUAUGAUGAUAAUAAAUGUGACGAUAAUAAGUAUGAUACAAAUAAGAUACAUAGUAAUAAAAGUAAGAAUUUUUAUAAAGACUAUAUUAUGCUUUUAUACAAUAUUAUGAAGAAGAAUAAAUAUUACUGGCUUGUUCCUUUAAGUAUUGUUUCUUGCAUAUAUAUAUAUUACAGAAUGAGAGUUCGUGUUUGUUUUUUUUUUAAAAAUACUUAUUCAAAUGUAUGUAGAUUUAUGACAAAUUUAUUUUUUAAUAAUAAUGGUUUACAUGGAAAUAAAAAUCUCAUACUUAAGGAUUAUAAUCAUUUUUUUAAUAACAUAAAUCGAAAUAAUGUAAAGACGAUAUUAUUUAAUCCAUCUAGUAAUACAUUCACAUAUAUGUUAGAUAAAAAUGUUCCCAAAACAUCAGGACUUAUGAUGUAUAAUAGUAGAUUAAAUAAUAAUGAAAAUGGUAGUGUUGGAAGCAGCUGGUUAUCAUCAUCACCAUCAUCAUCAUCAUCAUCUACACAUAAUAAUAAUAAUAAUAAUAAUAACAUUUUGUAUAUGAUAUAUUAUAAUGAUUAUAUUAUGAAAUAUCUUUUAAAAAAUAAAGUUUAUGAACAUGUAGAUUUUAGAGUAGAUGAAAAAUUAUUAAGACUAUCCGUUUAUGAUAUAAUUAAAAGAAAUAUAUUUGAUAUCUUAACAUAUACUUUUUCCAUUUUAACUUUUUAUUAUAUUUAUGAAAAGAAUAUACUAAGUUGUAAUAAUGUAGAUUAUUCUUUUGAAAAACACAACAAAUUACAAUCAUUAAACGAUAUUAUAUUAAAUGAUAAUAUAAAAAGAGAAAUAAAAAGCAUGCUAUUUUUUGUAUUAUAUUCGAAAAUGUUUAAUGAACCAUUUAUUUAUGAUACCAUAUUAUUUUCGGGUGAUACAGGUACAGGGAAAACUAUGUUAGCAAAAACGAUGUCAAAGGAAUUAAAUUUCGAUUUCUUGCAUGUAUCAGGUUCUACAUUUAUAGAAUUAUAUAUAGGAAGUGGAGCAUCCAAAAUAAGAUCCUUAUUUAAGAAAGCAAAAAAAAAUAAUAAACCUAUGGUUAUCUUUAUAGAUGAAAUAGAUAGCAUAGGAAUAAGUCGAUCUAUGAAUAAUGAUAUGUCUUUUUCAAAUCAGGAAUAUGCACAAACAUUAAAUCAAUUGCUUAUUGAAUUGGAUUCUUUGCAUGAGUAUAAUAAAAUUCAUAUGUUGUCAGAACAAAAUAAACAAUGGAAUAUUUUCAUGUACAUUAAAAAUAAAUUAAUUAAUAAUAUUUAUGGUAAAGAAAAUAAAACAUAUAAUAAUAAUAAUAAUAAUAAUAUUGAUGGGGAUGAUAAUGGUUAUGGUUAUGGUGAUGGUAAUGGUUAUGGUGAUGGUAAUGGUUAUGGUUAUGGUAAUGGUUAUGGUGAUGGUUAUGGUUAUGGUAAUGGUUAUGGUAAUGGUGAUGGUUAUGGUAAUGGUUAUGAUUAUGGUGAUGAACUUUUAUAUGGAAAGUAUCAUAACAUAUCUAGAAAAUAUUCAUAUUAUUAUAAUAAUAGUAGUGAUGAUUAUCAAACAAAUAAUCAUAAUGACCAUAUUGAUGAGAAAAAAGCUUAUGAUAUAUAUAAUUAUUACCUAAAUAAUGAUUUAAGUAUAUACGAAAUUGAAGAAUUAUUUAAUUUGAAGAAAUAUAGAACCCAACAUUUUAUUCUUUUUAUAGGAGCUACUAAUAGAUAUAAACAAUUAGAUUCUGCAUUAAUAAGAGCAAAGCGAUUUGAUAAAGUCAUACAUUUUAAUUUGCCAAACAUUAAUACACGUAUGAAGUUAUUUUCGUUUUAUAUUAAUAAGUAUAUAAAGGGAAAUAUAACUUGUAACAAAAUGAGUAAGAAAAAAAAUGAUCUUCCUUUAUCUCCGAAAGGGUAUGCUUCUUAUAUGAAUCCUGAUUUGAAUUAUUACGAGAGUCCUAAGGAAAAUGUGUUUACAUAUAUGAAGAAAACAGGCACCACAAAAAAUGAAAUAAAUAAAUAUUACGAUAAUGAUGAUCACAGUAAUGAUGAUCACAAUAAUGAUGAUCAUAAUGAUGGUCUUAAUGAUGAUCAUAAUAAUGAUGAUCACAAUAAUGAUAAUCACAAUAAUGAUGAUCAACCUUGUGAUGGUAAUACUCUACGUAACCAUAUAGACAAUCAUAAAAAUAAGAAUAAUAACUUAAAAAAUAAAAAUACUUUAAUGUAUCGAAUACAACCUUAUAACAAAUAUAAUGUACAGUACUAUACACAUUUUAAUUAUUUUAACUUUAGUUAUAAUAUAAAAUAUCGACCAACUCUCAGUCCAUUCAUUAUAAAUAAAAAUAAAAAAGUACAUGAAAAAAAUACUAAUAUAUAUAAUUUUAUAGACAUAUUCACUCUUUCAAUUCUAACAUUUCAUUUUAAUUGUGCCGAUAUUGAUCAAUUAACAUAUUCUGUAAAAUCAAAUUUAAUGACAAAAAAGUUUAUUAAUAAAAAAGAAUUCAAUCUAAAUAAUUUAUUAAUGAUUAAUUUAGAUGAUAUGCUACAUAAGAAAUUUACAUAUGAUAGUCAUUUAGAUAAAAUAGUAUCACAAAAAAAUUCAGAUGAACAGGAAAAUUUCUCAUCAUCCUUUAACAACAGAAUAUUGAAUGCAUGCAAUGUAGAUGCGGAAGAAUAUUUGCAUAAGUUUCUUACAUAUUGUAAUAAUAUUUUCUUGGAUAAAAUCAAGUACAUACGAAAAAAACAAAUGAAUCGAAAUAAAAAGGAGGAAACGAUAGGUGAUAAAAAUAUAAAGAAGUGCACAAAAUAUGAAGAUAAUAUAUAUAAUAAUGAUGAUAAUAAAAAUGAUAAUGAUGAUGAUGAUAAUAAUGAUGAUAAUGAUGAUGAUUACCAUGAUGAUGAUUAUCAUGAUGAUAAUUACCAUGAUGAUGAUUACCAUGAUGAUGAUUACCAUGAUGAUGAUUACCAUGAUGAUGAUUACCAUGAUGAUAUAAAAAAAAAUAUAAACGAUUUACAUUUUACAAAUGAUAAAUAUAUGCAUUAUAAUUACAAUAAUAAUAAUAAUAGAAUAAAUAUGAAUUGUUAUUUAUCCUAUGAUGAUUUAUUACUUUUAUAUGAAUCCAAAAAAAUUAAGUUACAUGUGUGGGAUGAGAAUCUAAAUGAUGUACAUAAUAAUAAUUUAAACAUUCAUAAUAAUAACUCUUUUUUUAAUGAACAUAUACAAUAUUGUAUCUUAUGGAAAUCUAUACAAACGUAUUAUAAUACCUUACAUAUAAAUUAUAAGAAUAUUACUUUUUAA